AUGCUCAGCUGGCCGUGGGGGCUGCUGCUGACCGCGGGCACGUUCUCUGCCUUGAGCGCCGGGCAGCCGGCAGCCGCCGACCCCUGCCAUGACGAGGUCGGCGCACCCCGCGGCUGUGUGCCGGGCCUGGUGAAUGCCGCCCUGGGCCGUGAGGUACUGGCGUCCAGCACGUGCGGGCGGCCGGCCACACGGGCCUGCGACGCCUCGGACCCUCGGCGGGCACACCCCGCCACCCUCCUGACGGCGGCGGGAGGCACGGCGGGGCCCCUGUGCUGGCGCUCAGAUUCGCUGGUGGGGGUGCCUCUGAAUGUGACACUCACAGUGCCCCUGGGCAAGGCUUUCGAGCUGGUCUUCGUGAGCCUGCGCUUCUGUUCUCAGCCCCCAGCCUCCGUGGCCCUGCUCAAGUCACAGGACCAUGGCCGCAGCUGGGCCCCUCUGGGCUUCUUCUCCUCUCUCUGUGGCUUAGACUAUGGUCGCCUGCCCAUCCCUGCCACUGGCCCGUCAGGACCAGGGCCUGAGGCCUUGUGCUUCCCGGCACCCCAGGCCCAACAAGAUGGUGGUGGCCUCCUGGCCUUCAGUGUGCAGGAUGGCAGCCCUCCAGGCCUGGAUCUGGACAGCAGCCCCGUGCUCCAGGACUGGGUAACUGCCACAGACAUCCGUGUGGUACUCACCAGGCCCACCAUGCUGGAGGACACCAGGGACUCCAAGGCUGUGGUCCCUUACACCUACUCGGCCACCGAGCUCCAGGUGGGCGGGCGCUGCAAGUGUAAUGGGCAUGCCUCGAGGUGCCUGUUGGAUGCCCAAAGCCACCUGGUCUGUGACUGCCAGCAUGGGACAGAGGGCCCUGACUGCAGCCGCUGCAAGCCCUUCUACUGUGACAGGCCGUGGCAGCGGGCCACAACCAGGGAAGCCCACGCCUGCCUUGCCUGCUCCUGUAAUGGCCACACCCGCCGCUGCCGCUUCAACAUGGAGCUGUAUCGCUUGUCUGGCCGUCGCAGUGGGGGUGUCUGCCUUAACUGCCGGCACAACACGGCAGGCCGCCACUGCCACUACUGCAGGGAGGGCUUCUAUCGAGACCCAGGCCGUGCCCUGAGUGACCGCCACGCCUGUAGGGCCUGUGACUGUCACCCAGUUGGGGCUGCUGGCAAAACCUGCAACCAGACUACAGGCCAGUGUCCCUGCAAGGAUGGUGUCACAGGCCUCACCUGCAACCGCUGUGCCCCAGGCUUCCAGCAGAGCCGCUCUCCCGUGGCACCCUGCAUCAAGACCGCUGUUCCCUGGCCCACUGAAGAGGGCAGCCCUGUGGAGCCCCAGGACUGUGAUGCCCACUGCAAACCCACCCCAGGGAGCUACCGCAUCAGCCUGAAGAAAUUCUGCCGAAAGGAUUACGCGGUUCAGGUGGCGGUGGGCGCGCGCGGCGAGGUGCACGGCGCGUGGACGCGCUUCCCGGUGGCUGUACUCGCAGUGUUCCGGAGCGGCGACGAGCGCGCGCGGCGCGGGAGCAGCGCGCUGUGGGUGCCGGCGCGGGACGCUGCCUGCGGCUGCCCGCGCCUACUACCCGGCCGCCGCUACUUACUGCUGGGGGGCGGACUCGGGGCUGCAGCCGGGGGCAUGGGGGGCCGGGGGCCGGGGCUCAGCGCUGCUCGCGGGAGCCUCGUGGUGCCCUGGAGGGACGCGUGGACGCGGCGCCUGAGGAGGCUGCAGCGACGCGAGCGGCGGGGGCGCUGCGGAGCGGCCUGA